AUGAGCAUCAACAUCAAGCAUCGAGUAUCAGCACACACAUACAUAAUAUCCAAAAGAAUACUUCUGAUAGUACAGAAUGUCUGCCACAGUAACAUCAACAUCAACAUCAAAAACCACCCUGCUCACCCCCCCGCGUCCUCUCCGUCUCCAAAUCCUCCUCCCACUCCAUCGCCAAAACCCCCGUCCCAUCCAUCACCCUCAUCCCCAACCACGGCGUCGACGGCGACUGCCACGCGGGGCAAACAAGCCAGCACCGAGCCCAGCAGCAGCGCACCCCCAAUCUCAGACAAAUUUUCCGCUGCUGCUGCGGGCCGCAACGCAAAACCCCUCUCGGCUGGCGAGAUCGGCGAGAAUAUCACUACUGAGGGGGUGGAGCUAUCGACGCUCCCGCUGGGGACGGAGCUGCAUUUCCUUGGUGGUGAAGGUGAGGAGGCUGUUGUUGUAUUGACGGGUGUCCGGGAGCCAGGGCCGGGGAUGGAUAAGUGUCGACCUGGACUGAAGGAUGUGUGUGUGGUGCGUGAUGGAGGCCGGGUGGUUAAGAGGUUGGCUGGGGUGAUGGGGACGGUUAAGAAAGGGGGGAUGCUCAGGCCGGGGAUGGGGAUUAAGAUCGUUAAGCCGGCGAGUGUGCGGUCGUUGCCUGUUGUGUAG